AUGAAAGCUGUAGUGCUAUUGUGUGCUCUGGCAGUUGCCGGGGCUUUGCCCGUGGCGAAGGAGGAUGGUGUUGCGGAAAGAUUCAUCUCAGCCUUGAAGGAUUGUCUGGAUUCAGAUACCUCGUUGUGUCUCAAGGAAAAAGCAAUGAAAUUCACAGACAAAUUGGCCUCAUCAUCAAAUCUAGAAAUCAUUGAUGGGGUUAGCUUGAAGAACUCUGGAAAUACUAGAUCAGCACGCAGCUAUGAACCCCUCCCUGAGGAACCCAAAGCUAGGGAAAUGAAAGUUGAAGAAAGAAUUCUGGAAAACGUUGUGGACUUCCUAGAUGGUCAUGUGCUACAACUCAGAAUGCCUAAAGCCUUCGAAGACGACAACUCUGUUGAAGAGGAAGGCCGUGGCAAGAAGAAGAAGAAGCUGAAGAAACUCUUGCCCAUCCUCGCCCUGAUCAAGCUAAAACUCGCUGCCCUCGUCCCUCUGUUCCUUGGUAUCAUCGCUUUCGCAGUCUUCAAGGCUUACAUCCUAGGUAAAAUUGCCUUCAUUGCCGCCGCUUUCGGUGCCAUUAAGAAACUUCUCGAAUCUAAGAAGAGUAGCGGAUGGUCUGAACCCGUCCACGAAGAACACCACGGUUGGGAAAGCGGUGGUGGCUGGGGAAGAUCCCAGGAUGCGCAAGAUUUGGCGUACGUUGCCCACGUCAAACAAGCGUGA